AUGUUUGAGAAAGUGGAUGGCAAAGGUCAUGAGGACAGUAAGAUACCGAAUGACAAAAAUUUUAUCCAGCAUUUAAGUUCGAGGUCAGCAACCGUGGAUCACAAACUCUCAGAGAAAUCAUCAAAGCUAGUGCCAAUGAAGGCCGUCCGAUCACUUUUUUGCCUCCUCCUCCCUUGGGCUGCAAAGGUGGCACGUGAGUUUCACAUCCCAGCUGCACUUCUUUGGAUUCAAUCAGCCACAGUUUUGGAUAUAUACUACUAUUACUUUAAUGGCAGCUUUGAUAUCAAUGUCGAAAAUUGCAAAGACCCGUCAUGGUCUAUUGAGCUACAAGGACUGCCAUUGGUUGAAACACUAGAGGAAGAAACCAAUCCAAUAGUUCUUGUUAGCUCUUUCAAUGCACUAGAACCAGAGGCCUUAAAAGCCAUCGAUAAGUACAAUUUGAUUGGGAUUGGGCUGCUAAUUCCUUCUGCCUUCUUGGAUUGA